UAAUAAUUAGAGUCCAAAAUAUACCAGGCAAAAAGACGAUUCAAAGUAACUGACAUACCAAGCAAUUAAUUAGGGAAAUCAGUCUUUGUUGACACUUCCAAAGCCUUUCAGUUUGUCGACCUCAGUAUACUGUUAGGAAAAAGAGCGAUAUUAAGACAUGAGGUAUAAGCACUCCUGAUUCAAAGGCUAUUUGACUGAUAGUGUGUGUGUGUGUCCUAAAUUUUUCUUAUCGUAUGACAUAAUUAUAGUUUUAGAUCCUCAUCAGUCACUGCUACAUCUUGCAACCAGUAUUUGGAGAACACAGUGAGAAUAAUUGAGGGUGGUUGCAUCACCCUCAAUCACGAUCUACAAAACUCAAACGAUGACCAAAGGGGCAAUGGAUCUGUACAUGAGUGAGGUGGCGAGGGGCGUGGCCAGGGGGCGGCUAGCAGCGUGUGCCACCAGGGAAAUGUGUAUGAACAUAAAAAAAGGCGCCUGUCAAGAAAGGUUCGUUCGGUGCAAGGAGUUGGCACAGGAGGUGUCUGAGGCUGUGCAGAGCGGCCGUCUGAACCUGGUGCCACAGCUGCACAGGAGGGCAUGGCAUAGCUGGCUGGACAACAUCACAGACUGGUGUGUCUCCCAGCAACUCUGGUGGGGCCACAGAAUGCCAGUGUACCACAUCACUGCAGCAGACGGCCGGGAGGUGUGGGUGGCAGCUGCUCGGAGGAAGAUGCAAGGCGGAAGGCUGUGCAGAAGGAAGACUGUGCUGCUGCAUGGCCUCCUGUGUGAUGGUGGCGGCCACAAGACAUCCAAGUCCUGGGGCAAUGUGAUAAACCCCCUGGAUGUGAUCAGUGGGGCGUCCCUGGAGGUACUGUGUGAGAGGAUGGAGGGGAGCCUGAAUACAGAAGAGGUACUCACUGGUAUCAGGAGGAACUUCCCCACAGGCAUCCCAGAGUGUGGAGCUGAUGCCCUUUGGUUCACCCUGUGCUCCACCAACUUCAAUACUGCACACCCCGUCCUGCAGCCUCAAGGCACUCACCUCUCCUUUUCCAGUCAUGGGUGCCUUGCCUCCUCCUUGCAACACCACCACCACUACCACCACCACUGCUGCCAUUACCUACGAGGGGGAGAGACUGUGAUGUGGCUGCAGGUGGCUAGGUUCGGAGGCCUCCAGAGAGCUGCCCAGAGUGAAGCUUGUGGUAUAGAGGGACAGCUGCUGAUCAUCAAGCUUACAUAGUGACUGGAGGAAAGUGGGAGGAGCCUGGAGGGAGUGAUGGAGGUACAGUACUUGGAGAAAAUCCCUUCACCGUGACAACUGGGUGUCUGCUGUACAGGCCACUGACCAAUGGUGAGAGGGAGAGGGAGACUGGCUAAUGGUGGAUGAGAGAGAGAGAGAGAGAGAGAGAGAGAGAGAGUGUCAUGAUAAAGGAUAUUGAGCACAGACUUCACCACUGGGUCGACUCUGGGGGCCACGUUCUUCUGCUAGGGAAGUACUGACUGGUUGGUGGCCGUGGCUGUUCACGCACUCGCUCUUGCUGUGGCUGGCAUGCUGUUCUGUCCUCUCUUGUUCCAGGAAUUGCUGUCUGAGGUUGUGUGUGUGUGUGUGUGUGUGUGUGUAGAAGCCAUCAUCAUCAACCACAGCAGGUGAUAAUGAUGGUUCCUGCUUUCAUCAUCAUCGGGGCUAGCCAGACCAACCUGGGGCUGUACUCUGGGGUGACGCUGUAUGCCUCAGGUGGGUCUGGAGACCCCAGACAUGUGAAGCAUUCUCCAUACAUGGAUGGAUAAGGCCCUUGUACAGAGUUAGCAGCUGGGGGGGGUGAGAAAAACUGGCAGAGACGUCUCAGAACACCUAACUUCAUAGAAGCUGUUUUAGCUAGAGAUGAGAUGUGAAGUUUCCAGUUCAGAUUAUAAGUAAAGGACAGACCGAGGAUGUUCAGUGUAGAAGAGGGGGACAGUUGAGUGUCAUUGAAGAAGAGGGGAUAGUUGUCUGGAAGAUUGUGUCGAGUUGAUAGAUGGAGGAAUUGAGUUUUUGAGGCAUUGAACAAUACCAAGUUUGCUCUGCCCCAAUCAGAAAUUUUAGAAAGAUCAGAAGUCAGGCGUUCUGUGGCUUCCCUGCGUGAUAUGUUUACCUCCUGAAGGGUUGGACGUCUAUGAAAAGACGUGGAAAAGUGCAGGGUGGUAUCAUCAGCAUAGGAGUGGAUAGGACAAGAAGUUUGGUUUAGAACGGUCAGAAAGGAAACUUGAGAUGAAGUUACAGAGAGAAGGAUAGAAACCGUAGGAGGGUAGUUUUGAAAUCAAAGCUUUGUGCCAGACUCUAUCAAAGGCUUUUGAUAUGUCCAAGGCAACAGCAAAAGUUUCACCAAGUCUCUAAAAGAGGAUGACCAAGACUCAGUAAGGAAAGCCAGAAGAUCACCAGUAGAGCGGCCUUGACGGAACCCAUACUGGUGAUCAGAUAGAAGGUUGUGAAGUGAUAGAUGUUUAAGAAUCUUCCUGUUGAGGAUAGAUUCAAAAACUUUAGAUAAGCAGGAAAUUAAAGCAAUAGGACGGUAGUUUGAGGGAUUAGAGCGGUCACCCUUUUUAGGAACAGGUUGAAUGUAGGCAAACUUCCAGCAAGAAGGAAAGGUAAAUGUUGACAGACAGAGCUGAAAGAGUGUAGAAGAGGGGGACAGUUGAGUGUCAUUGAAAGAGGGAAUAGUUCUUUUUUUUUUUUUUUUUUAUGUAGGAAGGACACUGGCCAAGGGCAACAAAAAUCUAAUAAAAAAAAAAAGCCCACUAAAAUGCCAGUCCCAUAAAAGGGUCAAAGCAGUGGUCAGAAAUUGGUGGAUAAGUGUCUUGAAACCUCCCUCUUGAAGGAAUUCAAGUCAUAGGAAGGUGGAAAUACAGAAGCAGGCAGGGAGUUCCAGAGUUUACCAGAGAAAGGGAUGAAUGACUGAGAAUACUGGUUAACUCUUGCAUUAGAGAGGUGGACAGAAUAGGGGUACUUCAGAGGUAAAUAUGAUUACAUCGACUUACUGUUUAAGGACUUAAAUACUCGUAUACUAACUUUCGACCUCUUAAAGAAAUAUUUCAUAGCGCUGACCAUAUAUAAAAAUAUUAAUGGUAAUGAUCCUAAUAACAUAAUAUUUAAUAUAUUCCACCAUAGCCAAGGUACCCGAGGAAAUCAUCUUAAUCUCAUUUGCCCACAAGCAAGAACUAGUUUGUAUAAAUUUUCCACACACUGUGUUGGUCCCAAAGUAUGGAACAUGUUGCCUGAUAAUACAAAAAAUUGUUGUAAUUUCAAUAUUUUCAAAAAGUAAAAUGAAAAAGUUCCUGUUUAAUAGUCUAAGUCAAAACUGAGAUCUGUAAUAAAGUUUUAGUAUUUUUUUUUAUAUUUGAAUGAUGUAGCUUAUUACAAACAUAACUUAUCUUAAAGAUAUUAGCCCCUAAAAAAUGGUGUAAUAAUAUUGUGCCACCCUGUGAGGAAUUACCAGCCUGGUAUAUAGAAAGAUUAUUAUUAUUAUUAUUAUUAUUAUUAUUAUUAUUAUUAUUAUUAUUAUUAUUAUUAUUAUUAUUAUUAUUAUUAUUACAGUGGAACCUUAGUUACUGAAUGCCUCCCUUUCUGAGCAAAUCGGUUUUCUAACAAUUUUGAAAUGAUUCAUUCAGUUGCUGUACCAUAAUUCAGUUCCUGAACAAAGUUAUUCGAUUUCAUAUAUUAAAAGACAUAGCAAAAGCUACCAUUUAUUAUUAAUUUAUAGUUUAUUUAAAUAUUUUCUUUGUUUUAUAUAUUUGAAGGAGAGAGACAGUGGGUAAGACAGUAAUUCAAUCUUUGAAAUAAGGUAAAUGUGAUCCUAUUAAAGAUCCUCAACGUAAACAAACAGGAUUUGACACUCAGGAGUAAGCCACCUGUGGCUCUUGAUGACCUACAAUGCCAUCACUACUUGAACUGCAUUUUCACAGUAACUUUUCAAAGCAGCAAGAUGUCUAAGUGUUAUGAUUACCUUCAUUUUGGUGGUGUGUGUGUUGUUCCUCUGUGUCACUCUGUAAGGCUUCCCUCACUAGAUUGGUGAUAAUGAGAAUACCUGCACGCUCUAAACAAAAUCUUCUGUGUCCUGCGUCACUAAGCUCACCCAAUGCAUCUUUUUUUUGGAUAAAUAAUUUUUGAGUUUUUCCAGCAAAACUGCCCAAGCUGUGCAACUGAUCCUCAUAAAGUGAAGGCAAGAGUACUUUCCCUUUUCUAUCGGAGGCCAAGGGGCUAAAAGAAAGGUGUGAAUGAGUGUGUGUGCGUGAAAGUUCUGUGCCUCAUCAUGACUACCACUUUUUUUUGUGAGGGAGACUGCUUUGGUACAUGUAUGUAUGAUCAUCAUCAUUAUUAUUAUUAUUAUUAUUAUUAUUAUUAUUAUUAUUAUUAUUAUUAUUAUUAUUAUUAUUAUUGUUAUUAUCAUCAUCAUGCACUUUAACUCUGAUGCUGACUAUGGGCAAGCAAAGAAAAUUCUUAUGGAUAGAUUUGGAAACAAAAGUAUCAUGGCUGAUGCUUACACAAAAAAGUUAAUGAAUUGGCUACCGAUCUCUCAGCAUAACAGUCCAGCAUUAACAGCAAUCUCAGAUUUUUUGAAGUGCUGUCUAGCUGCAAUGAAACACACUUCUCAUUUGUCAUUUCUGAACAACUGUAGAGAGCAGAGAAAGAUGCUAGCAAACUCCCUAAUGAUAUUGUUCAUGAGUGAAGAAAGCAAGUAAAGACAUAUCUUGAUACUAACAGUAACAGCAACACUCCUAGCAGUGAUGAAGACCACCACCCACCCUUUAAAAUGUUAUGUCAAUUUAUCCAGAAGGAAGCAAAAGGGGCAAGCAACCCCUUUGUUUCCUGGGAUUCAGUAAAUACGGAAGGAAAUGAUUGGAUCAAGACUCAAACACAAGCAGCCAAUUGGAAACCAAGGGAAUCAAACACCAUGACAAAAAAUAGAGGGAGUACAACUUUCAUGGCUAAAUCAAUUGAGGAAAAACCAUUGUGCUCAUGCCAAGGUAAAGUAAGUGUCCAAGCCAACAAACAGUAUCUCAAGGAGCAGGAAAGGAAAGGAUAGUUCUGUCACUACUGUACAAAGGAUCAUGAUUUAGAUGAUUGCAAGGAAUUUGCCAAACUUGACAGUAAUACUAUCAGUAAAACAGAUCACCUGAGAGCUAAUGAAGACCUGCCGGUGCAGCUACACAGAUAUUGCACACCUCAUUGCAUAAAUAUCCUACAGUCUGGAAGCAAACGUAGGAUAUUCCUUGAGUAUAUCCCUGAGAGUGGCUGAGUCCAAGAAAUGGUCAGUGAGGCUGUACAAGUGAUGUUGACCUUGCACCAUAAAUGUAGCAAUGACAGAACAUUCCGUGACAUAAUGACGCAGUGUGUGUCGCCUUGGUGCAGCACACAGCACACAGCACACGCCAGGAGAAGCACCGACUUCCCAAAAGUAUUUAUAGCCUAAACUGAGACUCAUUGCCACCCUGUUGUGUGAUGCAGUGUGUCUCUCAUAGGUGGGAGACACGUACAUAGUGAACACUACUGCCACUGUCCCUAUGGCAACAAAGCUGCAACUGAUCACUAAUGCUACUAUAUACAAAGUCCUUAAUGGUACUCUUAACACAGCCCACAGCGUACUCAGCGCCAGGGUCCACCGUGUCAUCCCGAAGGGCACACUGAGCAAGGCAGUCUGCCCCUUCAUUAAGGGGGAUGCCCACGUGAGAGGGUAUCCAGGUGAAGUGUGUGUGUGUGUCCAAAAUUUGUUUUCUUAUCGUAUGACAUAAUUAUAGUUUUAGAUCCUCAUCAGUCACUGCUACACCUUGCAACCAGUAUUUGGAGAACACAGUGAGAAUAAUUGAGGGUGGUUGCAUCACCCUCAAUCACGAUCUACAAAACUCAAACGAUGACCAAGUAAGUGCUCAAGUAAUGUUCAGUGUGUAUGUGUGUGUGUGCAGGAGUGGUCUUGCGAUCAUGUGCAUUGUGUGUUUUUCAUUAUUAUUAUUACUAUUAUUAUUAUUACUAUUAUUGUUAUUAUUAUUAUUAUUAUUAUUAUUAUUAUUAGUAGUAGUAGUAGUAGUAAUAGUAAUAUUGUAUCACGGUAUUUUAUAAUAGAGCCUCAACUUAUACUAGUCUUGCCUGAAAAUCUCUCGUUUUCUAUCAUUCUCCCAUCCUGCAGGCCUGAGCCCAGACCGAGACCCAGAGAAAUGUAAACAAACGCAGUCAGACUUGAUAUACGGGUGAAUUUGUUGCUUUUUAGAGGGGCAAUGGAUCUGUACAUGAGUGAGGUGGCGAGGGGCGUGGCCAGGGGGCGGCUAGCAGCGUGUGCCACCAGGGAAAUGUGUAUGAACAUAAAAAAAGGCGCCUGUUAAGAAAGGUCCGUUUGGUGCAAGGAGUUGGCACAGGAGGCGUCUGAGGCUGUGCAGAGCGGCCGUCUGAACCUGGUGCCACAGCUGCACAGGAGGGCAUGGCAUAGCUGGCUGGACAACAUCACAGACUGGUGUGUCUCCCAGCAACUCUGGUGGGGCCACAGAAU